CAUUUCCAUUUAUCUAUUGAUCUUCAGAGGAGAAGUGUCAAGGAUUUUACACUCUGACUCCAGGAUCUGAGAAAGCCAUGAUGUGGCUGUCGCUCUCACUGGAGCUCAUGUAUUUAGGUCUGCUGCUGAUCAGCUCCACACUGCUGUCUGUGCAGCUGUGCAUCAGGGCCUGGUUUCCCUCCACGCAACGCUGGGGCCAGCUGCUCAACGCCUUUGCUGCCGUCUUCACAAUCCUCGGAGGUCUGCUCGGGAUGGUGGGUCACAUGAUGUACAUGCAGGUGUUUCAGACCACUGCCUCAAUGGGACCAGAAGACUUCAAGCCUCACAGCUACGGCUACUCCUGGGCCUUCUAUGUGGCCUGGUUAGCGUUUACCGUCUGCAUGUCAGCCGGCAUCUCCACUCUCAACAACUACACCAAGAAGAUCCUGAUGGUGGGACCCAGGCGUAACUCCGGGCUCAACCCCUGCAGCUUUAACUUCAUGGGGCUCCUGCCUCCAGCUCCUUACUACGCCCCUCCAAACCCUGGCAUUGGCCUGGCCUGUCCCCCGUCUCCCCCCAUGAUCUCCCACCUGUCUCCCUUCUACGAGCCCCCGUCAGUGGCAUUAGCUGCCUCCGCUCCGAGGCUCACCCACUCCCACUCCCUACCUUUCGCCCUCUCUGACUCCUUCCGUCCUCCCCCCUCUCAUCCUGCGACUGCGUCCCCAUUCCACUGCCCUUCACUCCCCUCUCCGUCUUCGUCACCUACGCUGUCCAUCUCUGUCAACAUGGCCCUGGCGGGACAGCAGGAGGACUGUUACGAGCCAGAGGACGACUGCAGCCCGCUGUGAGCUGUUCCUUUAGAGGAGCUCACCACCAAGGCAGUUUAAAGUUUAUUUUCUCGUUAUGUGCUCAGCAGCAGUGCAUGCUGGGAGUUAGCUAUGGUCAUAAUCACUCUGCUCCAGUAUAGAAGGGGCAAAUAGAUACAGACCUCAAGAUGAUCAAGACAACCACUGUUUUGUAAACUGAGCGAAAUACAGAAAUGCUUCAGAAUA